AUGGCCUCGAACAAGCACAACGACAUCAAGAUCUACGCAUUUGGCUCGAAUGGUUCUGGUCAAUUAGGCAUCGGACACAGUGAUGACGUCUCGAAAUCUGAGCCAGUGGUCUAUGCCUUCCACUCGAAUGUCACGACCACAGGUGAAACAGAUGCCAAUGUACAAACGAUAGCAUGCGGUGGCAAUCACAGCGUAAUGCUUCUCUCAGAUGGCAGUCUGUGGACUUCAGGAGACAACAGCAACGGACGAUGCAUGAUGCAGGUCGAUGGGAAUGGUACUGCCUGGCAUAGGCAGGUUGAUCUUCGCCCUGUCAAACACAUUGCGGCCACAUGGAAUGCUACAUUCUUCGUUCAUACUGAUGACGCGACCCAAGUCUUCGUUGCUGGAUCAGGGAACACAGGCGAGCUGGGCCUUGGCCAAGGCAUCACUAUUACCUCAACUGUGGCGUCCAUGCGUCUUCCGCCUGGACAGAAUAUCGUGAAGAUGACUGCAGGCAUGGGUCAUAUCGUAGUGGUCACUGAACAAGGCGAAGUCUGGGGUUGGGGCAAAGGUCGAAAUGGUCAACUCGGAAAGCCUGCGGAGAAUGUCUGGGUGCCACGAAAGAUUGAAGGGGUACCUUGGCCAGCUGUCGACGUUGUCUGCGGCAAGGAUUUCACUUGCGUCUUCAGCGAUACCUCUACGCAAGAGUGCCUAGUCCUCGGUGUUGAUCGCAACGAUCGAUUCGGUGUCAAAGCGACCGCGCCUGUAAAAGUUCCUCGCUGGAAGCAGGUCGGUGCCUCCUGGGGCAGCAUCUUCGUCCUGUCAGAAUCUGGCCAGCUUACAGGCUGGGGCAGGAACGACCAUGGACAACUGCCGCCUCCUGAUCUGCCACCCUUGCAAUCAUUCGCAGCUGGUAGCGAGCACUGCCUCGGUCGGACCGUCGACGGUAAGGUGUUAGCAUGGGGAUGGGGUGAACAUGGGAAUUGCGGCGACCGUACCGAUCCUAAUGGUGAUGUGAAAGGACGGUACAACGAAGUCCACAUGCCACAGUCGGCAUGCGCCGUAUUCGCAGGAUGCGCAACGUCGUUCCCGGUCACGGAGAAGCAGGAGACGUCCGCAGUGAAGUGA